GUCAAUCUACAGAAUAGCUGGGGGGAUACACCACUAAUAGCUGCAUGCAAGGAAGGGCAUGUAAAUGUGGUGGAGGAGCUGGCGAAUGCGGGGGCUGAUAUCAAUUUACAGGACAGAGCGGGAAAUACAGCAAUGAUAGCUGCAUGUAAGGGAGGACAUGUGAUUGUAGUAGAGAGGUUGGUGAAAGUGGGAGCUGAUGUCAAUCUACAGAAUAAAUGGGGCGAUACACCACUGAUGACUGCAUACUCGGAAGGACAUGUGAGUGUGGUGAAGGAGCUGGUAAAAGAGGGGGCUGAUGUCAAUUUACAGGACAAAUAUGGGAAUACACCACUGGUAGCUGCAGUUAAUGAAAAACAUGUGAGUGUAGUGGAGGACUUUUUUGUACUCAAGAAUUGGUGACAAUCCUAAUGAUGAAUGUGGGGAUACAGCAUUGAUAACUGCAUGUAAGGAAGGGCAUGUUCGUGUGGUAGAGAAGUUGGUGAAGGCGGGGGCUAAUGUCAAUCUACUGGAUAGAGAGGGGGAUACACCACUGAUGAUUGCAUGCAAUGAAGGGCAUGUGAGUGUGGUCGAGGACCUGAUGGAGGCAGGGGCUGGUGUCAAUUUACAGAAUAGACGGGGAAAUACAGCACUGAUAUAUGUAUGUAAGAGAGGACAUAUGAAAUUAUUGGAGAAACUCGUACAGGCAGGGGCUGAUCUCAAUCUACAGAAUGAUUGCAGGAAUACACCACUGAUAGUUGCAUUUAAGGGAGGACAUGUGGGUGUGGUGAAGGAGCUGGUGAAGAAGGGGGCUGAUGUCAAUCUACAGGAUAAAUGGGGGAAUACACCACUGAUAUAUGCAUGUAAGGCUGGAUAUACAAGUGUGGUCGAGGAGCUGGUGAAGGCGGGGGCUGAUGUCACACUACGGGGUAGAUUGGGAAAUACACCACUCAUAGCUGCAGUGAGAACGUGUCCCUUGUCAACAGUCAAAUAUCUAGUGGAACAUAAAGCAGACAUCAUUACUCAAGUUGUUGAUGUCAAUGUGUUAGUGGUAUACACAGCAUUAAUACUGAACAAACCAGAGAUAGUGAAAUAUCUCAUACAAGAACAAAAUAAAAUUAUCCCUGGUAGAUAUCACGGAAAUGUACAUCUAUUUAACUGUCUGUUGGACAUCAGGCAUGCUGGAGUUAAAACAGACAGCAGGGAUGAUGUGGUGGUGACAAACAGAUCAGUGUGGCGCAUGGGUAGAGGGGGGGAUUUGUUGAGGACAAUCAGUGAGGGAGAUUGUGAUGUACUGAGACGUCUUUUGAGUGUGGGUCUGGAUGUCAAUCAGUUGAUACAGUUGAAUAAGCCUGAUGUGAGACCGCUGUUGUAUACACUGAUUGAUGAGCGGUAUGGUGUUCUUCAUAGAACGGAGGUAGGGGUCCUGUUCGGGGCGGGGAUGGAUGUUAAUUUCAGGUUGAAAUAUAAAGAGUAUGACUCUGUAUUAGACAGGAAUGGUGUGUCUGUUCUAGAGAGGACGCGGCGACUGAUGUGUAAGUACAGUGAGAGUAAAGAUUACACUGAUAAACGCAGAGUGUCAGGAUACAAGAGAGUGAUGUGUGAGAUAAAGAAACAUGUCAGAAGACACUCUGUAUAAUCUCAAAUAAAAUUGUAGAGAUACGUUGUUACUGAGUAGAAAAUAGUGGUGUGUGAGAUAAAGAAACAUGUCAGAAGGCACUCUGUAUAGUCCUUGGUAGAACUGUAGAGAUAUGUUGUUACUUGAUUGAUAGACGUAUUGAAUAUAAACCCUGAUAGGAUAAAAGUGUUUUGUACAUAACAUUAAAUAGAUCACCCGCACAUCUCUCUCGUUUGUUUGUGUAGAAAUAUAAAAUAUUUAUCAUAUUCUGUAAAUACUCGACACCUUGUGAAAAUAUACAGUGUUAUUACAAUGUUUCAUAAAACAUAAUAAUUAAAACAUGUGUUGUAUGAUUUGUGGAAACCAGUUUUUAUUAUACUUAUUAAAACACGAUUAAUCUUU